GCUGGAGCUGCGCCGAUCCGAAGCCAGGAGCCAAGAGCUUCUUCCAGGUCUCCCACACGGGUGCAGGGGCCCAAGGACUUGGACCAUCUUCUACUGCUAUCCCAGGCCACAGCAGAGAGCUGUAUCAGAAGAGGAGCAGCUGGGACUAGAACGGGCACCCAAAUGGGAUUCUGGCAUUUCAGGCCAGGGUUUUAACCUGCUGUGCCACAGUGCCGGCCCGUGCUGUUCCUUCUGUAAUAUGUAGCAUUGAGCAAUCUGGUGUUUCUCUGUCUUGUCUGGAAAGCGCAGGUAGCACCUAGCGAUUCGACAUAAGAAAAAAAAAAUCUUCCACCUGGCUUUUGUCUAUCUAGGUGUAUAUUCAGGUGAUUAUAAAUAAACUUCGCUAAUAUUUUAUUCCUAAGAAGCAUGAACUGAAAAUGAUAGCCCAUCCAAAAAAAAAAAUGUUAGCCCAAAGAGUAGAGAAGAACCUCUCCUGAGGCAUACUCUGUGGAGCCCCUAUUAAGUAGGUUUGAUAAGCAAGCCACUGGGUUUUGGAGGUGAAAGCAAAAACUGAGACAAGAGUGGACGUGUCAUGGCAGUUCUAUUACUGGAUGUUUGUGCAAGGCCCUGAAGUUGGCCUAACUUGAAUUGUGGGGUUAAUGAUUACCCCAGCAGUUGUCUAAACCACUUUGGUUCCACUGGGCUGCAAGCAGCACCUGCAGAGUCUACAGGAAGCAGCAUGUCCCCUUUGCUCUUUGGGGCUGGGUUGGUGAUUUUGAAUCUAGUGAUUCCUACUAGGAACCAGAAGAUACAACUCCGGCCUGGCCAGCCACUCUUGCGUGCAGCUGAUCGACAUGACUUCGCCAUCAUGAUCCCUCCGGGAGGCACAGAAUGCUUUUGGCAGUUUGCCCAGCAGGCUGGAUACUUCUACUUCAGUUACGAGGUUCAGCGGACACUGGGGAUGUCACAUGACCGGCACGUUGCUGCCACGGCACACACCCCACAGGGUGUCCUCUUAGACACUUCCCAGGAUGUUCGGGGACAGAUUAACUUCCCUACCAAAGAGACAGGUUUUUAUCAGCUUUGUCUAAGUAAUCAGCAAAAUCACUUUGGUUCUGUGCAAGUGUACCUCAAUUUUGGAAUUUUCUAUGAGGGGCCUGAGACGGACCAUAAACAGCAGGACAGGAAACAACUGAACGACACUCUGGAUGCAAUUGAGGAGAGUACACAAAGGGUGCAGAACAACAUCUUCCACAUGUGGCGAUUCUACAACUUUGCCCGGAUGAGGAAAAUGGGUGACUUUUUUCUUCUCCAAUCAAAUUAUAACUAUGUGAACUGGUGGUCGGCAGCCCAGAGCCUUGUCAUUGUUCUUUCCGGGAUAUUGCAGCUUCAUUUCUUGAAGCGUCUCUUCAAUGUCCCGACAAUCAGAGACACGAAGAAGCCACGAUGCUAAGCCAGGCUGAGGACAGCAACCCGACCCCUUUCUUCUGGGGCAGAACCUCUGGUCCACGCUCUGUAAAGCUACUGGAGGGAAAAGAUCAAACUGUCCUAGUAUACUGUGCUCACAAAGGCAGAAUGGCAAUAAAACAGUGGCAAGGAAAAAAGUUCUGAGGCUGGUAUUCUCGAGAGCAUAUGUUAAAUGCAACUAUCUAAACACUGCUCGGUAGUCAGCAGUCCUUUAGACCUCACUGAACCUCAAGACAAAACCUGGGGUGGGAGAAGAGCUAAGCAAGAGGGAACAAAAUCAAGUUUGCUUACGGAGAAAAACAAGAGUUGGUGGAGUGUUUCUGUGGUCAAAACUUUUUUAUUUUUAGAAGUAUCUUCUUUGGAGUUAAAAAUGAGUAUAUUCAUUUAAAAACU